AAUAUUAACAAGCUUUUGUUUGUGUUAGCCAAGAUGUUGGCAUCAAUCGCUGGUAUAGGUCUUUCCAAACUCUAUCUCUCUCUCUAACGGAAAUACUUCACUUCUCAUCCUCCUCCUCCAAUAUAUUCUGUUGUAAUUUAUCUACUUCUUCUUCCCUUUUCUCCUUGUUUUGUUUACCUAAUUCAGUUGUUCCAAACUUGAUAUAACCCAACAAGCCCUGCCUAGCUCUCUCCAAUUAUAUAGAUCCUCCCUCCCUUGAUUCUUCCUCUCUCUCUCUCUAGAUCUGUAUGUAUGUCUUUUAGGGUUUGUGGUUCAUUAAGCAACUGAUCUUAAUUAUUUUUUCGUAUGCUUUUAUGAUCAAGACCAGUCUUAGUUAGCUACAUAUACACCGUUUGUCAUCUUAAACCAUCUCUUUUAUCUAUAGUCUCUGUUCAUCUUUUUAUCUUAUCAUUUCAAGAGAGAGAUGUGUACUAGAGGUCACUGGAGGCCGGCAGAAGAUGAGAAACUUAGGGAACUCGUAGAACGGUAUGGUCCUCACAACUGGAACGCCAUCGCCGAAAAGCUACAAGGACGAUCAGGGAAAAGCUGCAGACUGAGAUGGUUUAAUCAGUUGGAUCCUACAAUUAAUCGAACUCCUUUUACGGAUGAGGAAGAAGAACGCCUUUUACAAUCUCAUAGGAUUCAUGGCAAUAGAUGGGCAGUUAUAGCUAGGCUAUUCCCAGGGCGUACUGACAACGCAGUAAAGAAUCAUUGGCAUGUGAUAAUGGCAAGACGGUGCAGAGAGAGAUCAAGGUUCUAUGCAAAAAGAGCUGCUCAAAACUUGAUCAACGAAAGGAACAAAUACACAAUUAGACAGACUAGAAUUAAUCCAAUGAUUAUAAUGAACAGCGAAUCAAGAAACCUGACUUCCUUAGAAGAGUACUACAGAAGACAUCAAAAUCAGAUGAUGAUGUUGCAUAAUACCACUUCUCGUAAUCAAAGUUUAAAACAUCUAUAUUAUCAAACUCCGACCGAUCCUAGGUCCAAAGCCCUAGAAGAUAAUAGUAACCAGAUUGAGUUUUACGAUUUUCUUUGCGUAAAUACUGAUUCAAAUCGCAGUGAAGUGAUAAAUAAUACUGCAAAAAACUAUAGAGACGAGGAAGAGGUGGAACAAGAAGUGAGAGACCAAGCAGCAACCUGCAGCGAAGUGGCCGGCGUGGUUGGCAAUUAUGAAUCCAAACAUAACUACACAAUAUAUUUCUACCGGUCUAAUGGCUAGGGGCUUAUGUCAGAUGUGAUGGUCGGGAAUUCUUCCAUACAUUUUUGUAUGGAAAAACAACUGCAAUUAUCAUUUUUGUAUGGAAGAAACAAGAAACCGAAGGAAUCUUUCCAGGAUGGUUGGCACUUUCCUCUGACUUGCUUUUCGGAUGAAUGCUAGGUUAUUACUUUCUGAAAAGUAAGAUCUUAUAUCAUCAAAGCCGUGGAAUUUUAUUAGGAGAAUAUAUCUUUCUAUAGUUAGGAAUUUGAUAUCUAUGUAAACAGAGUUAUUCUAGGAAAAUAAUUCCUUGAGAGUCAAGGCAAUGCCGACUAUUGUAACCUAUAUAAAUAGUUGAGAUUAAUGAGAAAAGGACAUACGAUCCUAUUAAGAAAUCAA